AUGAGGGCUGCUUCAGAAUCAGAAGAGUGGAUAUUUUUAGCCACUAACCUUGGCCUAGAGAUGUUGUCAGCUGCUUGUGAUCAGGCUUCCUCCCCAAGAAGACCCCACUUUGCACUAUUUGGUAUGUUGUUGGCUAUUGCAGCUGUGCUCAUUUCCAUCGGGGAGCUAAUUUACAAAGGUAAAAAGGAAAGAGUCGUGUUCAGGAGUUGGGGAAUGCUCGGGUGGUUUUAUCAUCCACCACCUCCUCUAUAUAAGCCUUUUGGUACUCUUCCUGACAUUUUUGGACUAGUUGCUGGCAUCUCACAGUGCAUUUGCUCUAUGGUUCAGUAUGUUUACUGCCUUCGGCAUGCUGAUAAUCCUUUCAAAGUAUCCCUUUUGCCUGCCAUAUUUCUUGUGUGUUUAGGUGCUUCAAAACUAAUUAACAACCGAAUGAACGCCGAUACCACUGAUAACAAGGACUCCAGGGAAAAUUCUUCAAGCACGGUAGAAACUUUGUGGCAUGCAAUCCCGUCUCGUGAUGAUCAGGAGGCCAAACUGAUGAAGAUGAUGAAGUCUAAUAUGUAUCACGGAAUGUCAAUUUGGAGCUCACUUUGGGAAGGCCACAUUCGGAUUGAAUACAAUAAAGAAAAAUUAGGAGCGGCAGCAGGGGUUGCAGCGGGAGCAGCAGCAGGAGCUGCAGCGGGGGCCGGAGCAGGGGCAGCAGCAGGAGCAGCAGCAGGGGCAGCAGCAGGAGCUGCAGCAGGGGCAGCAGCAGGAGCUGCAGCAGGGGCAGCAGCAGUGGCCGGAGGAGAUUCUGCUGCUGCUGCAGCAGGAGCUGCAGCAACAGCAGCAGCAGCUGCAGCGGCAGCAGCAGGAGCUGCAGCAGCAGCAGCAGCGGCAGCAGCAGGAGCUGCAGCAGCGGCAGCAGCGGCAGCAGCAGGAGCUGCUGCAGCGGCAGCAGCGGCAGCAGCAGGAGCUGCAGCAGCCGCAGCGGCAGCAGCAGGAGCUGCAGCAGCUCCAGCUGCAGCAGCAGGGGCUGCUGCAACAGCAGGAGCUGCUGCGGCAGCAGCAGCAGCGGCAGCAGCAGCAGCAGGAGCUGCUGCAGCAGCAGCAGCAGCAGCGGCAGCAGCUGCUGCAGCGGCUGCAGCGGCUGCAGCAGCAGCAGCGACUACAGCAGCAGCAGCGGCAGCAGCUGCAGCGGCUGCAGCAGCAGCAGCGGCAGCGGCUGCAGGGGCAAGAGCAGCCGCGCCCACAACAGUUGCGGCAGCGGCGAGUAAUGAAGACGGAUUGACGGAGAUGGACAUGUGGCAUGACUUCGAAGUAGUGGCAUUGUGUGUAAUUUUGAUAUUUUUAAAUUACAUUAUUGUGUCUUAA